AUGGAUGAACUCUCAAGUAGACCCGGGCCAUCAACCCCCGCUUCAUCUCGAAUUCCCCGCACUUCACGAAAAAAGGCGUGCCGAAAAUGUGUAGCAGCCAAAACUGCGUGUGACCUUAGAAAGCCAAGAUGCAAGCGAUGCAGAGAUCGAGACACGAGCUGUGAAUAUCCAGCACUGAUCGAAUCAACAAGCGGGGGUAAUGCAGAGAAUCAAUACGCCGCUGUGGAUGCCAGCCCUUUCAGCACUAUCUCCGAUGCAACAUCUCUGGAUUCCACAUGGCCAAGGGGUCUGGUCAAAGACACCGCAGAUGUAUCUGUAUCUCAUACCUCGAAUCACUCUACCGCCGAUAGUGGACCAGGUCAUUCAGAUGCUACUGUUGUAGUGGACUUUCAACAAAUUGAUCUGGCACCUAUGAUCGAUGCAGAGGAAAUUCGCGAUCGCUGGCUACGCCCCUACAUCUCAAGUUCGACAGGCCAAGAGCCCAAGCAGUUCAAUGCUCACACCAUACAGUAUCUCACCUGCGUGUUGAAAUCAUAUAUUAGGAAUCAACUCAACUCAAUUGCACCGCCCUUUAUUCAUUCUAUGCAACAAACGGGGACUUGCCCGCCUGUCUUGGCGUGCUGUUUCACCUUGGUUCGGACGUGGUUGACUCGGAUUCCUGGAUGUGAGCGCUUGGUUCUGGGGGCUAUGGGAGCAGAGAUGAGGAAAAUUGAAAGCCAGGAUGCUUUUCAAAGCGAUUUUGAUAGCUUGUGCUCAUUCCAGGCGUAUCUCAUCUACUCCAUGACGAUGCAUUUCUUUCCUUGUACAGACACCGUGGAAGAGUCCCACACCUUCGAUCCUCAAGCGGCGAUAAAAAUGCAAGAAAUCGCUUUCCGAUCUGCCAAAUCAGGUCUCAUCUGCAGAGCAGAAGAAACCCAGACCCGGCCGAGCUGGGAGUCUUGGAUAGUCGCAUCUGCCAAACGUCGUACCAUUUUCGCCAUGUAUCUCUUCACCAGCGUUUACAAUACCCAACUCGAGCUGCCGAACUUUGUUGCUGAAGAGCUCAGGGGGACUACAGCCCCGGAAAGCAGAAUACUCUGGGAAACUUCAGACCGCACCGUUUGGGAACGGGAAUACAAUCGGCACUUGUCUCGCUGGGAGGAUGGAAUGCUCGAGAUAUCAGAGCUGUGGAAGUCUGAUGAGACUGGAACAGAUUCCCGCCGGGAGAGGAUUGAGCGGUGGUUGCAAUUUGCUGAUGGGUUUGGGAUCAUGCUUUUUUCAGUUUGUGCGCAUAUCCAUGGAUGCUAG